AUGAUUCAUCCUCAGCAAAUACAGGGAAAGAUUUACACUUUCAUUCCUGACUCAGAGAUCCAUCACUUGGGUAUAACUCUCGAUGACAACAUUGAAAAGAUUGUGCGUAAGCACAUGGUUAUCUGUCUUGGUAUUGUGCACGGUAGACCUAACUACGUGAAAGUGAUGACGAUUACAUCGACGGUCAAAGAUGAUCACGAAUAUGUGCCUAUAGCCCCCACACCCAAAAAACCAUAUCCUAUACAAAUCCAACUCCGCAGCAGCUCGGACUCGUAUCUCAAAAUCGAUGCCUGCUACGAGGUUCCCAUUCAAGCCCUUGAGCAGGUUUUUGAUUGCUACGGAAAUCCAUUGUCUAUCCGACCUGGACGCGGCGCGGGAGGCUUACCGCAACUAAAUGAUUACAUUAGACGUCGUGAUAGCAUCCGCGAGAUGGAAAAGAUAUAUCGCGACAUGGAGAAGCAAGAUGAAUUAUUUGAAGCGAUGGAGAAUUUGAAUUUGAGCGAUGGCUGA